AUGUUGACUACACUCAUCCUUUGCCUCUGCCUCACGACUACUUCACAUGCAGGUAUAUGCCUUGAUAGUUAGCAUAUAUGAUUGGUUAGAUAAAAAUGUCAUAGUUUUGUUAAAAUAAGUACCAACACGAAUUCAAAAUUUUCAGAUGACAUCGACACUCGCUUGGACAGCACUACUUCGAACUCAAAAUUAACUUCAAGAAAAAGCAGCAGCAGUCUCUCUUCUGCGAACGCUUCAUCAUCUUCACUGAUUAACGUGAAGGAAGAGCUACUCAAGAUUGCUACAACCUGCUUGACCCAGCAAGAUUUAGAAUUGUUAACUGGAAACGCUGUCAGAUACCACCUAGUAGGAUAUUUUAUCCACCCUUUAAUCCAACAAAGCGUGACGACCAUAGGUCUUGAAGAGUUACGAACCACACUCAAAUUGUCUGCACUUCCACCCUGGAAACCACUUAACCGAACCGAACCAAGUGACCAUGAGCUGGCAUCAGCAACUACAAUCGAAGAGUAUUACAAUUUGA